AUGAAAAAUUUUGUAAUUAUAUUUUUACUGUCCAAUUUAGAAUCAUCAUCCAAAUUAGAUAUUUCAACUAUUGAAGAUCUUCCUGACAAAUUGACAGCAUCAGAGCCUACAAUUGAUGGUCAUCAACUACAAUUUAAUUGUCUGGCAAAUGGUCAGUCGAAUCGUGAACCAGCAACACAACGACCAGUAGCUGAUGUAGCUUCGCAAUCUGGUCUCCGUCCACAAGCUCCUCAGCAAAUAAUGCAACCGCAACAGCAUCAAGGGCAAUCAACCUUGAACAUAGCCGGUGAAAUGCCACGACAAGCUAACGUUAUUCGUGGACCCGUUGGUCAAGUAGGAUCUCAAGGUCAAGGCAGUGGGCCACAGAUGCAAAGACAAGCCCUACAACAGUAUACGCAAAUUCUACAACAAUUCCGACAACAGCAGCAGCAACAGCAAACUCACAUGGUAAAUCAAGCUCGGGGUCAAAGUCCUCAUCAUCAAGUCCAUCAGGUAGGUAUUGUAGAUCUUGGGCAAGGUGGAUCAAGGUGGAUACAAGCACGACCUAACAUGCACAAUAUUCAAAAUAUGGGUCAAAUGGGUGUUUCAAGCCCAUACGGGUAUGUACCUACACUAAACCAAUGUACCUUAACUGUACCUACACCAAACCAAUGUACCUACACUGUACCUACACGAGACCAAUCGUCGUACUUACAAACUCAAGUUAAACCAGUUCAGCAAGUAAAAUUUUGGCAACUAUCUUUAUCUGAAGAAAAUAGAAAAGUAAGAAGUAAAUGUUAG